AUGCUGCCCCAUGCAGCCCUUGUUCCCCCCACGCUGCUCACAGCCUCCCAGGACUUCUGGGAGCUGCCCACCCCCUCUGGGUCCCUUUGGGAGCCCCAUGCACCUGUGCCAACACUGUGUGGCCUGGUGGGUGUGUGUGGGGGGGAGGGGGCAGCAGCUUUUUCCCCCUUUUUGCUUCCCAAAGAAGCGAAGGCAGCAGAGAGGCAGGGAUGGGGUGCUGCUCCAUGGGGACAAGGCCACGAUGCACCAUCAGUGUGGACAUACCCUGGGGACGAGGUACCGUGCGACACGCUGGAGCGCAAGGAUGUGCCCUGUGGGGACAGCACAUCCUUUGGCAGAGGGGACAGUCCCCAAGUUGCAUCUUCCUGGGUUGCAGCCCUAUUUUUCAAGCAUGGGGACCAACGUGUCCCGGGUGAAACAAAGCACCUCUUAUACCUGGGAAUGAGGAAGCAGGGCUGGCCCUCUUGUCACUGCACCCUGAGGGGAAGAGCCAUGGCCCCAUCCUUGCCUUCAGGCCUUGGACCCUGCAGGGGUGGGCGGCAGGGAAGGGGUUAUCGCCGCGGCCCCACGCAGCUCUGCCUCCCUCCCCACGCCAUAGCCUGCCUCCUCCCAGCCCCUCUGGCACUCUGCGCCCGCCGAGGUCGCGGCCGGAUCCCUGCCAGCCCCUGGGGGAGCAGCUCGCAAAGGAGGUGCUUUUGCUGGGUAAAGGUUUCGGUUGGGUUUGUUUUGUCGCCGGCGGGAGAUAAGUGGUGCUCAGCGCUCCGUGUUUGCGCUGGGUUUGGGGGAUUACUGCGUCCCGGCCGUGUCCUUCGGCUGCUUCGCUCUGUGGUGCGACUGGGCAGCGCUGUGCGCCACGGAUCGGGAGUGCCGCUGCCCCUGGACACACCGGGACCCCCUUCCCCUGUCCCACCUGCAGGUCCUUGUCCCUGUGUGCCCGGGGGGGGGGGCCGUCCGCACACCACCACCAUGCUGGCACCACCGGGCAGCCUGGAGGUGUGGGCAUCGGAGCCCCUUACCUUCAGCCUCUGGGAUUACGGCGUGUUCGGGCUGAUGCUGCUCGUCUCCACGGGCAUCGGGCUGUUCCACGGGCUGUCCAAGGGAGGCCAGAAGACCUCAGAGGACUUCUUCAUGGGUGGCCGGCGCAUGGCAGCAGUGCCAGUGGGGCUCUCGCUGUCGGCCAGCUUCAUGUCAGCCAUCCAGGUGCUGGGGGUGCCAGCUGAGGCGUACCGCUACGGCUCCAAGUUCCUCUGGAUGUGCCUGGGGCAGCUGCUCAACACGCUGCUCACUGCAUACCUCUUCUUGCCCGUCUUCUACCGCCUGGGGCUCACCAGCACCUAUGAGUACCUGGAGUGGAGGUUCGGACGGAGCGUGCGGCUCUGCGGGACGCUGCAGUACGUGAUGGCUACGACUCUGUACACAGGGAUCGUCAUCUAUGCUCCUGCUCUGAUCCUCAACCAAGUGACCGGUUUGGACAUCUGGGCGUCCCUGCUCUCCACUGGCGCCAUCUGCACCUUUUACACCACCAUAGGCGGGAUGAAGGCUGUCAUCUGGACCGACGUCUUCCAGGUCUUCGUCAUGCUCUCUGGGUUCCUUGCCGUCAUCAUCCGGGGGCUGCUGCUUGCGGGGGGCCCCACCAGGGCACUGGCCAUCGCCACCAACGGCUCCAGGGUGAACUUCGGAGACUUUGACCUCGACCCACGGAGCCGUUACACCUUCUGGACCUUCCUGCUGGGCGGCACGCUGGUCUGGCUCUCCAUGUACGGCGUGAACCAGGCUCAGGUCCAGCGCUACGUGGCCUGCAAGAGCGAGAAGGAGGCGAGGAUAGCGCUGCUGGUCAAUCAAGUGGGGCUCUUCUGCAUCGUCUCCAGCGCGGUGGCCUGUGGCCUUGUGAUGUUUGUGCUCUACAAGGACUGUGACCCCCUCCUGGCCGGCCACAUCUCGGCCCCCGACCAGUACAUGCCCUACCUGGUCCUCGACAUCUUCCAGACGUCCCCUGGGGUACCUGGAUUGUUCCUGGCCUGUGCCUACAGCGGGACCCUGAGCACCGCCUCCACCAGCAUCAACGCCAUGGCAGCCGUCACUGUGGAGGACCUGGUGAAGCCCCGGCUGCCCACGCUGUCACCAAGGAGGCUGAUGCUGAUCUCCAAGGGGCUGUCACCGUUCUAUGGCAUUGCUUGCAUCACGGUGGCUGCGCUGGCCUCGCUGCUGGGCGGUGGUGUGCUGCAGGGCUCCUUCACCGUCAUGGGGGUCAUCGGCGGCCCUCUGCUGGGAGCCUUCGUGCUGGGCAUGUUCGUGCCGGCGUGCAACACAGCGACCCCACUGCUCGCCCAGGGUGUGUUUGGGGGUCUGGGUGUCGGCCUCGCGCUCUCGCUGUGGGUGGCAGUGGGUGGCAGCCUCUACCCGGCCCCUGCCGACAUUGCUGGUGUCCUGCCUGCCUCCGGAGCUCACUGCCCGCUCUACAACCGCACCGCCAGCACCAACCACACGCUGCUGCUGGGACCACUGCCCCCCCGGCGCCCCGGCACAGAGCCUGCAAGGCCUCCCAUCGUGGGUGACUUCUAUGCCAUCUCCUAUCUGUACUACGGGGCACUGGGGACGCUCUCCACUGUGCUGGCAGGAGUGCUGCUCAGCUACCUGGCAGGGCCCACCAAGCGAGCACAGCUGCCCCCAGGUGUGCUUUGGUGGGACAUCACCAAGCAGACAUCCUCUGUGUCCCCAGCUGGGGGUGCGGCGCCUUCAGGGGGGUGUCCCACCAAGGUCUGCAGAGACCCUCAGGGGGGGCCGUGUCCCGAAGCCCCCCCGGUGCUGCUGGGGCUGGGAGGGCAGGCACGAAGCCCCCCCCCAGCACCGCGGGGUCACCGAGCAGCUGCUGCAGGAAAGCCACGUGUAGGGACACGGCCAGCAGAGGGGGGACAUGGGGGAGGGGCACGGGCACCGAUGUCCACCCGCUGUGUCGGUGUCGCCCCUCCAGGAGGGGACAAUAAAUGA